GUGAACAAUGUCAUUGUCCCUUCGGGGACAUCCGAUAAAAUUGGAACGAUACAGAGAAGAUUAGCAUGGCCCCUGCGCAAGGAUGACACGCACAAAUCGAGAAAUGGUCCAAAUUUUUUUUUUCUCAAAAAUUUCCAGAUCUUCUUCGACAUUUUCAUUUCUCAAUCCAGUUUUCCUUUUUUUCGACCUAUAGUUUCAAACUUUUUCUCGAUCCAGUUUUCCUUUUUUUCGACCUAUAGUUUCAAACUUUUGGAUGGAACAUCCGCGCAAAAUAGCUCCAAUAUCAUGAAACUUUUUACUUUUUGUUUUCUCUAAUCGUAGUCAAGAGUUUUAAAAGAUCCAGUGCCAAUAAAUCUGCGAAUUUUUGAAAGCCUAAUUUUCUUCAAUUAAUGUUAAAGGGAUUGUCGAACUCUCGAAAUUUGACUUCAUGAGAUUGUUAAUCCUUGGUUUGAUUUUGACGAAAUUUAACGGCGAAAUUGACGGCGUUCAUUGUUGCAAAACCGAUGAUCGGGACCCUAAUUCCCAAAUCUUGGUUUGACACAAGUUUUCCGAGAAGCUGCAGGUGCUUCAAUGGCUGUUUUAUUGAUUACUACUACCACCCAGUGAAUCUGCCGAAUUAUCCUAUCUUGCUGAUUUCUGAAGCUUACCCUCUAAAUCCAUGGCGAUUCUGCUCAAAUCAGUUCUCCAAAAUCAAACCUUGUUUAAGACUCUCGUGAAGCCAUCGAUUAUUUGCAGAAAUCUAUCUUCGUCAUCGGAACCUUAUAAGAAGCCACUCUCUGUUUUAUUCGAAGAGUCCGUAGGAUUGAGACCGAAAUCAGAAACGAGCGAAAUCGUAGAAGAAGAGGGCAGCGAAUUGAAGAGAAAGCUUUUGGAAUUGGAGAGGAAACUCAUCGAACUGAAGAAAUCGGAGCCCGUGAGAAAGAAGAAGCAGAAAGGGAAGGUUGUUGUGACACCAGAGCAAACCGAGAAAAGGCAUAAUCUUUACACGCUGUUUAAAGGCGACGAAGAGAAGGAUGUAAAGAAAAAUAGUCGGGAGCAAGAGAAGGAUGUGAUUAAGGUUUUUAAGGAGCUUCCUUUAGAGAUGGCUUCGUUUGUGAAGCUUCUGCAUAAACAAGGGUAUCUGAACAAUGCUAAUUUCAUCAGUGGAGAAAAGCUGGAUCUGGGGAGUCUUGAUGAAGAGUAUGCUAGAACUUUUGUUAAGUUUGCUGCGGAAAGAUUCGGAAAGGAUCACCAGGAAAUAGCAAAGUGGUUAUCAGGUAGUGACCUGAAGAACAUUGUGCAAUUUGGUUGCCCGAGUUUGGAAAGAAGAGCGAUAUUCGCAGCUAAAACACUUCGCAAGUUUUUCGAUAUCCAAGAGAACAAUGUGUGCGAUAAAUGCGUGUUAAAAGAGAAGUGCAAGUUUCCAAACCAGAGUGUGUGGGAUGGCAAGGUAAAGCACUUACAUUUGUCUGUUGUGAUGAAAGUCAUCACACUAUAUCCACUGGACUUGACUCAUCCGAAGCUACAAGUUCCUCAAGAGGUACAAGACUCGAUCUCAAGGUUGCUGACAGAGAUUCAGAACUUAAGCCGAACUAUCUGUACUCCUCUCGCGUGAGUUAACCAUAUAUGGAUGAUUGUUUGUAGUAGUAGACAUCAAUUUUAGGGUUCUUGCAACAUUGAGGCUGUACUAAGGCUCUCAGUAAAGAAGAUUCUUCUUUUCAACUUUCACUUCUAAGAGUACAGAUCCGAAUACUUGGGCUGUGUUUCGCUAUUUGAUCUUGAUUUUCU